GUCUAGAAACAACAUGGUAGCGCCUAUGCAUGAGCUGUGUGUAGUGCCAGCAAUGCAGAGGGUAUCAUGUUCGGGAGUGUAACAGGACAUUGCUUAUGAAAAAGGUUGGCCGCGGAAGAAACUGAUCAACACAAAUGACAGUUCCUGAACUCAUCCUCCCUCUCUCAUCGGAGUCAGUGUGCAGAGGAGUUGUGUGAGAGAGAGGACUGUGGACUGCUGCCUCCCACCAGCAUGGAGCUUGAGAGCUGCCGUUCACCCACAUUUGGAUUUCUCUUAUAGCUCCCGCAGCCCUGGAAAGCACCACAGAGCCACUUGAAAGAGCUUUGCAGUCCAUUCAUCCCCUCAAUCCCAGUGCAAUGCCUUUUCAGUGGAUGCAUCUUCAGCUCGAUUCGACAUGCCAGUGAACUCAUUGCUAUUCCGCUGGUUUAUGCUGAAUCAUGGGUAAUGUUGAGAGCCAAAACGGAGACCAUGCGUACUACAGGGGCGGACACGGCCACUUGUCCCGCAAGCACAUGUCCCGCUCUCUGCGCAUUUCCAACAAGCAGUCGCGUCACCCCCGCCAUCACGCGUGCACGGGCAAGAUGGAGCACCGCAACUCGGAGACCAGCACGCGCUCCAGCAGCACGCCCAGCAUCCCGCAGUCGCUGGCCGAGAACGGCCUGGAGCCCUUCAACGACACCAACCUGCUGUCCGACUUCAGCAGCCCCAUCUGGGUGGACCGCGUGGCCAUGAACCUGCGGCCCGUGUCCUUCCACAAUGAGCUGGCCAACCCUCCGGAGUACGGGGGCGGAGGCGGCGAGGCCAGCAGCCCGGCCGGAGGCCCCUCCCCAGGGGAAGGUGGGGACGCUGAUGCAGCCACCUUUGUAGCUAUGAGGACCAGGGACGGACCCCGAGAGUCGGGUGCGGCCACGUUCAAAAAACGCCGCUCCAAGUCGGCGGACAUGUGGCGAGAGGACAGUCUGGAGCUCUCGCUGUCGGACCUCAGCCAGGCGCACCUGACCAGCACGGAGGAGAUCGUGGACGCGGCGGACUUUGCUCUCUGUGAUGACCGGCUCCAGUCCAGCCCUCGCGGCCUGGAGCUGCUGGACCCUGUCGACCGCGCCAACUCACUGGACGAGCUCUACGGGCCCAAGAGCCCCGGGUGCCGGCAGACGAGCAGGCGCUUUGCCAAGUGGCACAAGGCCGCUGUGACCCCCGGCGGCGAGAGCGAGGACGAGAAGAUGCUUUCUCCCGCGGAGGACGAUGGGAGUGCCUACGGUGCCUACACCCUGCCGUGUCGGCGCUCACACUGCCUGUCUGAAGGACUGACCAAUCACCAGGCAGCUAUGUCUGCUAGUCGACGGGCACAAACUAUACAGGAUGUCACUGGGGAGGGAAGCGAGUACGACGACAGCGGCAUCGAUGCGGUUACAACCGAUGCCGAGCAGCCGCUCCACCACCAGUCUCGCCGCUGCAAGACCAUGUCGGCCUCCUUCUCCAUGUACUCCGUGCCGGGCCGCAGCGCCUUCGCCGGGAGUGACAGCGCCAGCUCCAGCAGCGGUGGCGGCACGGGCGGGGACGCCGGCGGGAGCAGUGGCAGUCGCGGCGUCCGCGCCGGUCGCGGCGAGGGCGGCAGCGUCCAGGGCGUCUACGAGAACUUCCGCCAGGAGCUGGAGAUGAACCGUUGCCAGGGCGAUGGGCCCGAGGAGAUGGCGUCGGCCCUGAGCGACGAACAGAGCAGCGGCACCAUGAGUUCCGCUUACCAGGCCGACCCGCUGCUCGCUGUGGCCCAGGGGACGGUGCGCAAGGCCGGCCGGCUCGCCGUCAAGAACUUCUUGGUCCACAAGAAGAACAAGAAGGUGGAGCUGGCCACACGCCGCAAGUGGAAGAGCUACUGGGUCUGCCUCAAAGGAUGCACCUUGUUCUUCUACGAGACGGACGGCCGCUCGGGGAUCGACCACAACAGCAUCCCGAAGCAUGCGGUGUGGUCAGAGAACAGCAUCGUGCAGGCUGUGCCCGAGCACCCCAAGAAGGACUUUGUCUUCUGCCUGAGCAACUCGCUCGGGGACUCCUUUCUGUUCCAGACGUGCAGCCAGACGGAGCUUGAGAACUGGAUCACGGCCAUCCACUCGGCGUGUGCCGCCGCCGUUGCCCGGCAGCACCACCGCGAUGACACAGUGCGUCUCCUGCGCGCAGAGAUCAAGAAGCUGGAGCAGAAGAUUGACAUGGACGAGAAGAUGAAGAAGAUGGGCGAGAUGCAGCUGUCCGCCGUCUCCGACACCAAGAAGAGGAAGACCAUCCUGGACCAGAUCUUUCUGUGGGAGCAGAACCUGGAGCAGUUUCACAUGGACCUGUUCCGCUUCCGCUGUUACCUGGCCAGCCUGCAGGGCGGCGAGCUUCCCAACCCCAAACGCCUGCUGGCCUUCGCCUCCCGCCCCACCAAACUAGCCAUGGGCCGCCUGGGCAUCUUCUCCGUCUCUUCUUUCCAUGCCCUGGUGGCUGCUCGCACGGAGAGCGGGGUGAGGAGGCGCACGCACGCCAUGUCACGCUCGGCCAGCAAGCGCAAGAGCCGCUUCUCCUCCCUCUGGGGCCUGGACGCCACGUCCAAGAAGAAGACCAAAGCACACCCCAGCAUCAACCAGGUGUUUGCGGAUGGAGACGAGCCAGCCAAGAAGCCUCUGGACGGCAUGUUUGAGGACGCAGUGCAGGAGGCCGCGAAGGAUGACGAGGCUCCCGUGAAGAGCCUUCCCCGGCACAACACGGAGCAUGACAUCUGGGCUUCGGACCACCUCACGCCCUCCUGGGUCUGCCUGCCAAAUGACCAGCCGGUGUUAGCCAUCAUCCAGCCGGGCGAAUCCGCACUGGAUGCCCUCGAGUCCAUCUGCAAGGCCCACCAGCUGGAUGCCACCAAGCAUUAUCUGCGUCUGAAGUUUUUAAUCGAGAACCAAGUGCAGUUCUACAUCCCCAAGCCCGAGGAGGACGUGUACGACCUGCUCUACAAAGAGAUUGAGCUUUGCUCUAAAAUCAAGAAGGUUGUGCAGUUUGACCGUGAUGAGUCCUGCAUGAUUGGCUAUGGUUUCUCGAUUUCUGUGGUGGAGGAGGAUGGCGUACAGCAGCUCUAUAUCACUGAUGUGAGGGCGGGAGGAUUAGCAUUCGCCAAAGGUCUGAACGCGGGAGAUGAGAUCCUGCAGCUGAACGGGAAGCCCUCUAGCAGCCUGACCUUCGCCGACAUGAAGGUGGCCUUCUCGCAGGCCUCACUGGCCCUGACUGUCAGCGCUCUGCCACCCGUGGAGCGCCGGCAGCUCUGCUACCUGCCGCCACGCCGCUCGGACGCCGCCGACGAGCUCUGCACCGACAUCUUCUCCCAGAGCCAGGAGGAAAUCCUUGACGAUGGAGUCGGCCUUAUUCUGGAGACCUCCGGAGACAGCCUGGAUGACGACUCCGAGAUCUUCAGCGAAUCCGACGACUUUGGAAAGAGCACGGAGCAGGUCGCCGCCUUCUGCCGCAGUCUCCAUGACAUGAACCCAUCCGAAUGUGCCACCUCCUCCUCGCCCAGCCCGGACUCGCCGUGCCCGCCGCCCGGUGCCAGCGCCACGGCCCGCCAGCUCUCCGACGCCGACAAGCUGCGGAAGGUCAUCUGCGAGCUGGUGGAGACGGAGCGCACCUACGUCAAAGAUCUUAAUUGUCUCAUCGGGAGGUACUUAACCCCUCUGCAGAAAGAGACCUUCCUUACACAGGAUGAGCUUGACGUGCUCUUCGGAAACCUGCCCGAGAUGGUGGAGUUCCAAGUGGAGUUCCUCAAGACCCUGGAGGACGGGACCCGAUUGGUCCCAGAUCUGGAGAAGCUGGAGCGCGUGGACCAGUUUAAGAAAAUCCUCUUCUCGCUGGGCGGCUCCUUCCUCUACUACGCCGACCGCUUCAAGAUCUACAGCGCUUUCUGCGCCAGCCACACCAAAGUCCCGAAGGUCCUCGUAAAAGCUAAGACAGACCCAGACUUCAAGGCGUUCCUGGACGAGCGCAACCCCAAGCAGCAGCACUCGUCCACGCUGGAGUCGUACCUCAUCAAGCCCAUCCAGAGGGUCCUCAAGUACCCGCUGCUGCUCCGCGAGCUCUACUCUCUCACUGACCCAGACAGCGAGGAGCACUACCACCUUGACGUGGCGGUCAAAGCCAUGAACAAAGUAGCCAGUCACAUCAACGAGAUGCAGAAGAUCCACGAGGAGUUUGGGGCCGUCUUCGACCAGCUCAUCGCUGAGCAGACGGGCGACAGAAAAGAGGUUGCUGACCUGUCCAUGGGGGACCUGCUUCUCCACACCAGCGUGACAUGGAUCAACCCCCCAGCCUCCCUGGGCAAGUGGAAGAAGGAGCCUCAACUUGCCACAUUCGUGUUUAAGACCGCUGUCGUGUUUGUUUGCAAGGACGGCUCCAAACAGAAGAAGAAAAUAGGUGGGUCACACAGAGUCUCAGUCUCAAGUGAGGACAAGGACCCCUUCCGGUUCCGUCACAUGAUUUCAACAGAUACCCUGCAAGUCCGUGCCCUGACUACAACAGAUGGAGAGAGCAACGCUGUGUGUGAGAUUGUCCACAUCAAGUCAGAAUCAGAAGGGAGGCCCGAGAGAGUUUUCCAUCUAUGCUGCAGCUCCCCUGAGAGUAAGAAGGACUUCCUGAAGACAGUUCACUCCAUCCUCAGGGACAAACAGCGCAGACAGCUCCUGAAGACGGAGAGCCUACCACCUAACCAGCAGUACGUCCCCUUUGGGGGCAAGCGCCUCUGUGCUCUGAAAGGUGCCCGUCCUGCCAUGAACAGAGCAGUGUCGGCUCCCACGCGUACGCUGGGCAGGAGGAAGCUGGUUCGCAACAGGUUCACCAUCGACACGGACAUCGUGUUCGACAGCGAGCCUGGCAGCGGGGACCCUGACCCAGACACGCCCUCACCGGACUCCCACGAGCCUCUGCAGCAGCCGUCGCCGGGGAUGGGCGGCGUGCUGGCCGGGGGCGACACGGACCGCUGGGUGGAGGAGCAGUUCGACCUGGAGCAGUACGAGGACCCCGACGACGUCAAGGAGACCGACAUCCUGAGCGACGAUGAUGACGAUGUGGUCGGCUUCUGCCGAGAGGGGAGGGGCCCGGCCAGAGAAGGCCGUCUGGAGGGCCCAAUGGCAGCCCUUGACCUCGAGGACGACACCUCGGGGGAGAAGCCACGGGAGGAGGAAGGGAAGCGGAGGAGCGAGGCGAUGGCAGCAGAGGGGGGGGACAACGACGACGACGGUGGCACUAUACCCCACCGAGCCCCCGGCUCUCUCCGGCUCUCCCACCUGGGCAAGCAGUGUGCCAUGUCUGUGGCCAGUGUGGACGAGCAGCCGCCUGCCAGCCAGGACGAGGUUGUCUGGGUGCGGCGAGAGGACCAGGCCACUACGCCGGACUCAGACAGCCAGAAGCACACACAGAGCUAGGCUAAGCCUACCACUCCCACACACACACACAGAAAAAAAUAUAUAAAACGCUGUAUCUGUCACAUCUUGCCAGAACAACUUGACACGGACUUUGUGAAAGAUUUCACUCCUUCAUCACCGUCCACUAAGCUGUCUGUACUGCAUGGACCUACUGUAGUCAUACAUGCCCACUGCCUACAGGAUAUCUCGCGCUAAUAUACGAAAUAUUAUCCACACGUGUAUACAGCUGUAUUAACCCAAGCCAUCCUUCUCAUGACGGUUCGCCAUCGAAGCAACGCCACAUGACUGAUGUUCUCCGACAACCAAUCAGAGAAGAGAGUAGGAGGGUUAGACUGCACAAUCAUGAAAUUUAAUCAAUCAAGUAUUAGGACUGCACAGUCACCGGCAGCUACCUGGGACUGCCGCUCGCUGCCAAAUAUGUGCGUGGACUUAAGCUUUCUUUCUCUCUCAGAGGGUAAAUGGGGUUUGAGUUGCUGUUGUGUCAUAUAAAAGGGCUGUCUUUGAGUCCAUAACGUUUCAAAAUCAGAACAGCCUGAUAAAAGAGAAAUCAAAUGUAAUGUAACUUUUCCAGAGAAGUGCACAAACAUGAUGUUUUGAGGGGCCGCUUAUUACUCUUUGGUUGUAUAUAUUUCUGCUUUGAUUUCUAUUUUGCAUAUAUGAAACUCUCAGAAGGCUUCAGGCCAUUUGUUAUUAUUUACCUUUAACACCAUUGUGAAAAAGACAGCAUUUUUGCCCACUCUCCUCUUAAGCGAAGGGAACAUUUUUUUGUCUCCAUUUCAUUUUAUUUUAACUUAACAAAUCCUGUGUUACUUGAACUUUUUUCAUUGUCAUUUACAAUUGAAACAUCAUGAAUAGCCAUGAAUCGUUGUGUUGAACUAUUUUCUUAAAACCUUAGUUAAUGGUACACUGCCCUCUCCUGUCCCUAGAUCUGUGUGCACGCCUCAUGACACAAUGCCCAUUGUAAUACAGCUGGGGCAAAUCUACAGAAUGGAUCUCUCUUGCACAUUUAAGUAUUUUUGGUGGGGAGAAACAAAAAUAAUCUAUAAUGUAUUGACCAAAUAAAAUGUGUGUAAUUUAUGUUUCAUUGUUAGCAUUAUUUUAUCAGUGAGAUAGCUGAACUGCCACAAUCAGUACCCUAGUUUUUUAUGUUAAUAAGAUUCCAAAUUGUGCUUAAUGCAAUCAAAAUGGUAGAACGUGAACAAACUGGAAGAAUGGAAAAACAAAUGUACAUGAACAUUUCCAAAUGAAUGAAAAAAAAAACCAUUGUUCUCACAAACUGCAUUUUUUAUUUUGUAAAUAUUACUGUAUUGAUAUUAUAUCAAAUAAAUUGUUUUCUUACAUA